AUGAGCGAAGAAAAAAAUGCCAAUUUUUUUGCUGUACAUAUUCCGUCACCCAAAAUUGGACAACCAUCAACAGGUGCUGUGUUUGAAACUUUAAAAGAAGCAUCAAAGUUCGCCAACUCUCCAGAUGGCAAAGCAAAAGGUGCGCGUUUCAAGCGUUUUCAUAGUCCAAAGGAUGCAUUGAAUUAUGCAAAACAUGGUGAUUAUUUCUACAACAGCCCUAAAGCAGUUCAGAAGCAACAUGUAUCAGAAUCAUGUGGCAUCUUUCCAUCUGUUUCUCGCAUUAUGCUUAGUCGUUUGAAACGUUCAAUUGAGGCAAAAGAUGAUGAAACAUUCACUAAAAUGGUCUCGGAAAAUCCUCGUUACUUAAUCAACAUUAGCAGUGAUACACCAACAAUUGUAGUUGAGGGUUUUCGUUACAAUGCUCUGCAUGUAGCUUCCAAAUGUGGUAACUUUAAUGUGGUUGAAUACGUUCUUAAUUUCGUCUGCGACAUUGAGAAGUUACUUACUUUAUAUGAAACAUCAGAAGAAAAUGUCAGGAUGCGUUCAAAUAUCCUUCUUGAUUGUUAUCUUAAUAUGCCGGAUAAAGGAUGUCAUGAUACUCCAUUACAUUUUGCAUCCAAAUUUGGGCACUAUGGUAUUGUGCGACUUUUACUAAGUUACAAUAAGUGUCAUAAAAACGCGAUUAACAAAUCUGGCUUAACUGCAGCUCAGAUUUGUUGCUCAAGAUAUAGCGGUUUUGAUAAAAAAAAGCUCCUUUCCAAGAUUUCGGCUCUUUUCACCUCUUUUUUCGUUUCUCUCUAUCGCAUGACUGACAAUUAUCAUUCACUCACCAUCCGACUUUCCAGUGAAGUGCCGGUCCUUACACUUGAACCUGGAUUACAAUCUCAGCAGCAUAUGUUGGCUUUCGAAACUUGUGAACUUGCUGCAUGCGCUGGACCGUUUUCUGUUGAAACUGUGGCAAGAACUUUUUAUGAAACAUGGAAAUUGGAAGAAAGGGAAUGUCGAAGGUCAAAUCCUAGAAAAGGUGCUGAACGAGUUGGGCGACGUCUUGCUCAGGAGUAUAAAGUGACAUGGAUGGAACGCUGGAAUUUUUCCAAUAAAUUAAUUGAUUUGAACUCUUUUAUUGGACUGGAGGAGCUAAAUCGAUAUCUUGUAAAUAUUAGGUUGCGUCCUCAACCUUCCUGUCUUUCUCACUUAGUUUUCGACGACGACAGUGAUGAUAGUAAUGAAAAUAGUAGAACUCAAUACUCAAAAGAUUAUUCCGGUGUCGUAAUCAAAGAUAGUAAAGCUGUCAAAGAUGAUAAUGGUGCAGAUAAUGCCUCAGUUUCAUCUUUGACAGAAUUAGUUGAAAAUUCAGAAUUUGCUUUUGACAGGACACUGGACACAGGCGGUGAUUACGUACGUGGAUUGGCAAAUCUGGAUUUGAACACAUCGACAUCCGACGAUCUUGAUUCAGAGCACCAAUUGACGACUGAUGAAACUGACGCUGAUGCUUUUGAUUUUGAUUAUUAUACCCCGCCGUCUUCUCCUGAUCCAGUUUACAUUUAUCAGGGAGUUCCAUCGAAAGAAGAUGAAGAACUUGCACUUGCACUUUCCAUGGUGAAUGAACAGCUUUUGAAGAAUUUCGGUGCAGUUACAGAAUAUUUGCGACAUGUGCGUAAUGUGCCAGAAACAGAGCGCUCUCGUUGGCCGCAUACGGAUUCUCCACGAGCAAAGAGACGGAGAGUAUAA